AUGUGCUUAUUCCACUUUCUCGCUGUGAUCGUCACGUCGCUUGCUCAACUUCCAGACGAAAAAUGCACAAAUUCGCGACUGACUCCGGCCGCCAUUCUCGACGUGAUUAUGGCCAAUUACUCGAGAUCUCUUCCGGGCAACACUCCGGUUCCUGUGCAGGUGGAAGUGACCGUUCAGGACGUGAUGGAGCUCAGUGUGCUCAGCAACAGCUUCACCGCCGACAUCUGGUUCAGCUCGAUUUGGUACGACUCGAGACUCGCGUUCUCUCAUCUGGAUCCGUGCCGGCAGAACCUUUCGUUCGAUGAUCGAUUCGAAAAGGUAACAAAUCACCUUAUAGUGGCAUAAAACGACGAGAAACCGCGAGAUUUCAGUUAAUUUGGUCUCCAAACGUCUGCAUAGUCAACACGAAAUCAGCCCAUGUUCAUAUGUCUCCAAAGCCCAAUGUUCUUCUGAUGCUCCUGCCAAACGGGACCGUUUGGCUCAAUUACAGAGUGAGUCAACCCUACUAUCCUGGCCAUUUAUCGUCUCAGAUUCAGAUCCGUGUCCAGUCUCCGUGUUCCAUGAACUUGGAACGAUUUCCCAUUGAUACGCAAUACUGUCAUUUGGUAUUCGAGAGUUACUCGUACAACACUGCGAGUGUCUCUGUGAACUGGAUGAGCAAUCCGGUUACCGUACUCCCGGAAAUCUCACUCGCCGACUUUGAUCUGUCCAGAUACCGUACUUCUAGACACACAGAAGUGACGACACUCAAAUCGUUCCAAUCAAACUCAAGGUUCAGGUCUAUAAAGCCGGCGAAUGGUAUCGACUGACGGUGGAGUUCGAGUUCAGUCGGAAGUACGGAUUCUACAUCCUUCAGCUCUACUUGCCCACCUACAUCAGCCUCUUCAUUUCGUGGAUCGCCUUCUGCAUUGACACGAAAGCACUUCCAGCGAGAAUUGUGCUGGGCGUCAACUCUCUGAUGUCUCUUACUUUUCAGGUGAAUUGCAUCGCUUGUUGAAUGUCAAACCGUCAUUUAUUUUCAGUUCGGAAACAUCAUCCGCUCGCUGCCUCCGGUGUCCUACGUCAAAGCGAUCGAUCUGUGGAUGGUGACGUGCGUCGCCUUCAUCUUCGCCUCCCUCCUCGAGCUCGCGUUCGUCGCCUAUCAGGACAAGAAGCUCAUUCUGAAAUCGGGAAAAUCGAACGCGGCGAUCAGCACUCUCGUCAGUUACAUGAAGCACUUCGAGCCGUUCAACGAGGUCUCCUCGCCGCCGCCGCCGGUCCCGCUGGACGAGAAGAAGGCGACGAGUCGGACGGCGUCGACGGUGACGAAUCCGUCGAGGACCGAGUUGGACGGAUUGGACACCAAGGAUCUCGAGGAGGAGAUCGCAGAGUAUCGGAAGUUGGCGUACGCGAGGAAGAAGUGGAGACUGCUCGACUUUGGUGCCAACGUCGACCGCAUAUCGUUCAUUGUUUUUCCGUUGGCAAGUCAUCUAUCAAAUGAAAAUUGAUGAGAAUAAGGUGCAAAGUACCCAAAUUUAACGAUUUGUCUCCUUUGUUAUCUAACUAUCAUCGCUCUUAUCGUUCGUGUUGUUCUUUGAUUGGACGUGCAUUUCACGUUUCGGCAAAAUGGUUUUCCGGGUCGGAGCUCCGCCCACUUUUCGCGGGGGUUCUCAUCACAAACUAGACGUUUUUCGGAUAACAUAUUCUUGUUGUUUUUUCAGAGUUUCGCCGCGUUCAACGUCGUCUAUUGGACCUAUUAUCUUCAAGACGUUCGCAUCUCCACGUGGACUUGA